AUGAGUGUAGUCGGCGUUGAUUUCGGGACUCUUAACACAGUUAUCGCUGUCGCCAGAAAUCGAGGUGUCGAUGUCAUUACCAAUGAAGUCUCAAAUCGAGCGACGCCUUCCCUAGUUGGAUUUGGUCCCAAGUCUCGAUACAUCGGUGAACCUGCAAAGACGCAAGAGAUCUCCAACCUCAAGAAUACCGUCAGCUCUCUCAAGCGCUUGGCCGGCCGAAGCGUCAAUGAUCCCGAUGUCCAGAUUGAGCAGAAAUAUGUCUCGGCCCUUCUCGUCGAUGUCAACGGCCAAGUUGGUGCCGAAGUGUCCUACCUAGGCAAAAAGGAGAAGUUCUCGGCUACUCAGCUGACAGCUAUGUUCCUAAACAAGAUCAAGCAGACAGCACAGAACGAACUGAAAUUGCCUGUUACUGACCUCGUCAUAAGUGUACCUGCGUGGUUCACAGACACUCAGCGAAGGGGUCUUCUGGACGCAGCUGAGAUUGCUGGUCUCAAACUCCUCCGUGUGAUGAAUGAUACUACUGCUGCCGCUCUUGGUUACGGUAUCACAAAGUUGGACCUACCUUCAGGCGAUGAGAAACCUCGCCGCGUGGCGUUUGUCGACGUUGGUCAUGCCGACUAUUCUUGUUCGAUUGUCGAGUUCAAGAAGGGAGAGCUGAGUGUCAAGUCUACAGCAUACGACCGUCAUUUUGGUGGACGUGAUUUUAACUUAGCCUUGGUCAACCACUUCCAGAAGGAGUUCAAGGGUAAAUACAGAAUUGAUAUCACGACUAACCCCAAGGCUAUGGUACGUGUCGAGGCUGCCGCGGAGAAGUUAAAGAAGAUCCUAUCUGCCAACCAACAAGCGCCUAUGAACAUCGAGUCGCUAAUGAAUGAUGUCGAUGUAACGGCCAUGAUCACCCGACAAGAGUUUGAGGCGUUGGUAGAGCCGCUGUUGAGCAGAGCUACGGUACCGCUAGAGCAGGCCCUUGCAGAGGCCGGGCUCAGUAAGGAGGAUAUUGAUGUGAUCGAACUAGUUGGCGGUUGCACACGUGUUCCUGCUCUUAAAGAGCGGAUUCAGUCAUUCUUCGGAAAGCAGCUCUCGUUCACUCUAAACCAGGAUGAAGCCGUCGCUCGGGGUUGUGCUUUCAGCUGCGCCAUCCUCUCGCCGGUCUUCAAGGUCCGUGAUUUCUCCGUCCUGGAUAUCGUCAACUAUCCCAUCGAAUUCUCUUGGGAGAAGGAUGUUGAUAUUCCGGACGAGGAUACGAGCCUUACCGUCUUUAACAAGGGUAACGUUCUUCCUUCGACGAAAAUCCUGACCUUCUAUCGCAAGCAGGCAUUCGAUCUGGAGGCUAGAUACGCCAACCCCGAACAGCUGCCUGGAAAGAUGUCUCCUUUCAUCGGCCGAUUCUCUGUCAAGGGUGUCAAGGCUGACCCCAAUACCGAGUUUAUGAUCUGCAAGCUCAAGGCUAGAGUCAACAUCCAUGGUGUUCUUAAUGUGGAGAGUGGAUACUAUGUUGAGGAUCAAGAGGUUGAAGAGGAAGUCAAGGAUGAGAAGAAGGAUGAGGGAGAUAAGAAAGAUCCAGACGCGAUGGAUACCGAUACCAAGAAGGGAGAUGACAAGCCCAAGACUCGAAAGGUCAAGAAGCAGGUUCGCAAGGGUGAUCUGCCUAUUGUUGCUGGAACCACCUCAUUGGACGAGAGCAUCAAGAACGCAUUAACGGAGAAGGAGGCAUCAAUGCUUAUGGAAGACAAGCUUGUUGCUGACACGGAAGAGAAGAAGAACGAGCUGGAGACGUACAUUUACGACCUGCGUAACAAGCUGGACGACCAGUACGCCGACUUUGCCAGCGAAGAGGAGAAGGAGAAGCUAAGGACGAAGCUCACUCAGAGUGAGGACUGGUUAUACGAAGAUGGGGAGGAUGCUACUAAGGCAGUUUACAUCGCUAAGAUGGACGAGAUCCGAGCCAUGGCUGGCCCUAUUACACAACGCUAUUUCGACAAGGUAGAAGCAGACCGUCAAGCCCUACAAGCCAAGCUUGAUGCCGAAGCUGCUGCCAAGAAGGCCGCCGAGGAGGAGGCUCGAAAGGCAGCUGAGGCGGAGAAGGGAGAAGCUACCAAGGAUGAGGAAAUGACCGAUGCAGAGGCUCCCAAGGCCGAGACCGAAGAAGCCCAGUCGUAG